UUGUACAGCAAGCAAAACCAGUGACUUGGUGGAUUCUCUGGGUUUUCUGAAACUCCAAGAAAUUAUCACAGACACCUGCCAUGAAGCUGUCAACUGCGUUCCUGCUGGUGACCAUCAGCAUGUGUAGUUACUCUGCUACUGCCUUCCUCAUCAACAGUUUGCCCCUUCCUGUUAACAAAGUGUUGCCUUUGCCUCUGGAUGUUCUUUCCUUACUGGACCCAUUAAAGCGCCUUCUGCAAACUCUGGGCAUUUCUGUUGAACAUCUUGUGGAAGGCCUAAGGAAAUGUGUAGAUGAGCUGGGGCCAGAAGCUUCAGAAGCUGUGAAGAAACUGCUGGAAGCGCUGUCACACUUGGUGUGACAUCAGGCUGAAGACAGAAUGAAGGUGAUGAUGGAAGUUGAGUGAUGCUUCCUCUCAGGCUGAAACUCAUUCUGCUCAGACGCAGACCUCACGUCCUAAUGAGGAGAGAGUUCCCUGAAAAGAAUGAAUAAAGCAAUGAAUAGAUUUUCAGCUUGACUUCAUUUCCAAGGACCUCCUAGACACGUUUCCUCUUGGAUCACAGACUAGAGAGCCUGUUGUUACAAAAAUUGUAAUAACCAUUCUCAGGAGACAACUUAGAAAAGAAAAAUCAGGUUUCAAACAUGUUUGACUGGCUCCAUGGCAGAAACAUCAAGGUAGAAGGGCGUGGUGGAGGGAGAAGCUGCUAAAACCCUGGCACUGGAGAAGCAGAGAGCAGAAGAGCCCAAGAGGAAGUGAUCAGGGACCAGAUAAAGGAUCAGAUAAAGUUUCUAAUGUCUCGCCCACAUGACUUACCCAGACGCACUCCAAAAGUGCUUUCCUAAACUCCUGUGGGUAUGGCAAGCCAAUCAAGUUGCUGUGAAGAUUAAUCACCCCAAAGUGAGUGGUUCUGCUGUGCCAUGUGUUCCUGACAAUGUGUCAUAUCACCUCAGUGGGGCCAAUGAACCAUGGGAGCCUCCAAAACUUUCAGUCAAAGUAAACAUUUUCUCUUUGUAAGUGUUGGUGUUUGUGGUAGUGACAGAAAGCUGGCCA